AUGACUCUAGAUGCUACGAGUAACGAAACUGUUGGUCAGGAGAGGGAUCACUGGGAAGACUUACGAGAGAACAAUGUUCCGCGAUUCUUAUUCCGAAUGUUCCAUUGGCAAAGCGGCGGCGGCCCGAGCGUAGCCAUCAACAACGCAACCGAGAUCGUACCUCGAGGCUUCAUGAACGGCAACAAAGGAUCUAGUGUCUAUGGUAAGACCGAGAAAGAAAUGUACAAAAUGGUGAAGGACCAUUUCGAUGAUAAUAAAGAGGUUCUUACAGAGUUUAGCUCUUGGGCGGCAUCUCUCCAUGCGGUUCUCUGCUUCGCCCGAGACACAUGUGCCGGCUGGAAUCCUCAUGUCGCUGUCAUCGAUCGCACGAGAUUAGAAGGCGAGGUUCUUGUCUGGUGGGUGCCGGAUCUUCUCGGUGCUAAGCAAGGUGACAUUGAGUAUCUGGCGCAUGGAUGUAUACGGGGUCGUGGUUAUACCGCAGUGCCUUUUGAGCAGCUUGUCAUCAAUGGGCUUUAUAACUUGUUCCCCGAACUUGAAGCUUGGAAGAAGAAUCGCACGAAGAGCAUGCCUUUUGGCCGCAUCUUAUUUGGAGAGCUUGCUCUGCCGGUCAUGGUGGCGCUGCGUUGUCUCAGGCCGCGGGAAGCUACUGGAUUCAAAGAGAUGGCAGUUCGGGUGAUUGAAUCACCAGGUACUAGACAAGUAGAAUUCGAGCUUGCGACAGGCUUUUGGGCGCACCCGGGAGCGACUUACACACGCAAAACGAGAUACCGUGAUACUGGCAGGUGGUAUCCAGAUAUUGAACAGCGGAUUAAAUUGCUUCGUGCGAUCAAUAGCCAUGACUUUCAUCGCCGAGACACAAGGAAGCGGAAGAGGGCUGGAUCCGACGCUGAAUACGAACCUGAUACUGACGAUUACACUAAUCGGUUUCGGAGCUAUUAUAAUACGCGGAAAGGUCCACGGCUAGAUUAUACUAGAGUAAUGCCAGCGAGAUUAGGCAAGGCAGAAGAUUUUGUCCAGUUUGGUUCCGCUGGGUCGGAUGAAGGAGAAGAGGAUGGGACGUUAGACAAGGAGGGAGACAAGGGGUCAGAUAAGGACACGGACCAAGUGUUGAACGCAAAAAAGGACGAGGAUAUCAACAAGGAGGAGCAGCACAUGGCGAUGCAACGCGAGUUUAUGAAGAGAUGGUUGAAGACGUGGUCUGAGCACGUAAAGGCAUAUAAAAAGGUCCUGUAA